CCCACCCUACCGCCACAACCAUGUCCUCAAUUUCAUUGAAACCCCUACUCCGCAUUCCCACGCCUCCGAACGCCUCAAAGCUACUGCCACGAACAGCUACACGCAAUGCGACCCUCCUCCGCCGGCCCAAACGUCCUCACCAAUUCGACCAACUCAUAAUCCUGACGGACGGUAGCUCGUUCAAACAGAUGACCACCUCCCCCCGCGGCGUCUUCCGUACCACAAAAGACACGAGAAACCACCCUCUGUGGAACGAGAGCGACGCAGCGGUAAUGGGGCUCGAGGAGGACGAGGCGGGGAAGCUGAAGGCAUUCAGAAACAAGUAUGGUCAUGGAUUCGACAUGCAAGAUGCUCUGGAGAUCGAGAAGGAACUUGAGUCGGACGCUGUCGGGAAGGAUGCCGCGGCGGGUAGUUUGAUGGACGUUCUCAGGUAUAAUGCUGAUGAGGAGGAUAUCAAGGGCGGGAAGAAGAAGUAGUGGAUGGAUGGCUAUUACAGACGAAUGAAUAAAUGAAUGGACGCGGCGGGGCGUGGCGGGGCGGGGGGUAUCCGGUUUGCUGUAUCAUAUAAACUUUGGUGAGGCAGUAGGGCAAUUGUGCAAAAGUUAUGAUACGUUACUAGUACCGUAGGCCACCGGACCGGUUUUAGAUCUGCACAAGAUAUCAAGUCUGGAUAUAUGAUCCUGAUU